GAAUAAGCAGAUCCUAUCUUGUUGCAUAUCUGAAGCAUCCCUGGUGCCGUGAAAAGCUUCCCAUGGUUCGCUGUGCCGGGUGGGUAGAUUAACUUGAUGCCUGUCCUGGAACAUGAUGACAGAGUCAACUGAGAAUACAGCAACAACCUACAUGAGUUACUGCAGUCAGUCAAGACUACGUCAACACCGUUGGUGCCUCCGCACCCAGCUCCGUCAUCUGAGCGAACCGAGUCAGGCGCCCUAUGGUUGUCAUCCUCGACCCGUCCGAAAUCAUCCUCUCAAUUGGGAUGAGCCAGCGCAAACACAUUCACCGUACGAUAACCACACCACCAGGGAAUCACCCCAGCCACGCACCACAAAGGCCCAUCGAGGUGUGAAAGCAUCACGAAAAUCCACUCCUAAGGCUGAAACACAGGCGCGUGUUACUCUGGACGCGUCGGGCCUCCCUCCACCCAAUCACAGCGCCCCCUCCGUCGAGAUGUCAACCAAUCGCGAAAGUCCACUUAUAGGGCUGUUCCACUGCUACAAGGUGUCUGGGACGUGUUGACAGGGGUGUAACGCGAAGGGGGCCAAUCGCAGUGUCUGGUCUGGCGGGAUGUCAACUGAUCGCGAAAAUCCACCUUUAGGGCUGAGCUCCGCUGCGGACGUGUUGGCUGGGACGCGGUGAGACAUUCACUGUCGCGUGGUUCCGUGGGGGUGGUCUGGAUCUUAUCUGAUGGUGUUGCCGGUUGAGGUGCGGUUGUUCGCUGGGUGGUAGGUGGUGGUAACUUGGGUUUCCAGGUACUGUACCAGGUGGUGGUGAAAUGAUGACUUCAAUGAGCAUAGCGGAGAGGAAAGAAGUGGCGAUGGACCGGGGAAUAGAGAAGUUGAGGGGGGGAGAGGCGCGGAAGAGGGAGAAGACCAUGGUGAAGUGAUGGGAACGAAACCAGUUCAUUCUCUCAGUGCAAGGUGACUAGGUUGUUUCACUUGGCCGCGGGUGGCAGUUGCAACCUUCCCUUCAGUUGCUUGUCUGCACAUAUCAUAUUGAGCU